UAUAAAUGGCAGGGUUGGGUGAGCUACCACUUAGUGAGUUUUCUUCGAUCUCUUGAGGGCUGAGUUCUGGGUGAGGACGAACGGCUAUGUUUUGGCCGAUAAUGGAUAACCCCGUCGGAAUGGAUGGUUGUCCCCUACGGAGGCAUAAAUCAGGAUUGUGAUGCAGAGCGCUUUGACAACAAACAAAAGGUGGCGAGGGGAGUGGUGGAGAUGGUGUUCAGCAGGCUGAAUGGCAUUUGGAGAUUGUUUCUGUGGACGUACAAGACAAACUUGGACAUGCUUCCGCAGCAGUUUACAGCCGCGUCCAUAUUGCAUAACCUUCUCCUUGACACUGGCAUCCCUUUGUACGACAUUCUGCUAUGGGAGGUGGAUGCGAAUGGAGUAAGGCGGCACGUGGGCCUGGGCAUCCAAGGGCCCCUCCAACCGGUGGCCAUGGCAACUUCGACAGACGAGGCGUUGGCCCUCCGAGACGCUCUGGCGGAGUGCAUGAAACACGAGUGAAUGAUGUCUAUGUGUGUGGCGUGGUUUCGUUCGUUUCGUUUUGUGUGUGCACGUGGCGACAUGUGGAGUAUGUCAUUGUUGUGCGCACGUGUGUCAUGCUUUCGUCUCACCUCAUGAUGCGCAGUGGUUGUGUGCACUUUUGUCGAUCUUUGACAUAGACCUAUACGCGGUGAUUGUGCAGCCUUGCGUCGAUCUUUCUUGUGACGGACGACGUUGUGACUACGCGCGCCUGCUUGGCUCUUUAAACAAAGGCCACCCUGACAG